UGAAACACACUUCCCUCUGUCACCUCUUUAUUUCUUCAUGUAUUUCACUUGUUCCAGCUUGUUUAUUCCUUCCUUCAGUUGACUCUGAUUCUCCUCUCUAACCUCCUGCCUCAUCAAAUCCCUUGUCUCUCCUUCCUCUGCCUCACACAUCCUCCCCCCUCCCUUCUCUUUCGCUCUAACCCUCACGUAGCUAACUCUACAGACAGACAUUGUGUGUGUGCGCCUGCUCGCAAACACACACACCCUCGUGUGUCAUUGUGCUGUCACAGCAUCAUAUGACGGAGCCGGAGCCAAUCACGGCUCGGCUUACUCUUAAAACCCAAGCAUCUGGCCCACAGCCCUCCUCCAAUCAGAGCAGCUGUUGGUGCUCGUCUCGCUCUGAGAGGCUUCGGCUGAUGUUGUUUUUUUUGCUCUCUCUCAUUUUUCUUCUCUCUGCCUGUGAGGAAGUGUGUGUUUCCUGUGAAGGGAGGCUCUAGGAUUAACUUUGCCCUGCCUGGCUAACUGUGUACGUCUGUUUCUCCCAGCAACGAACAGACACAGGCGGUAAGGUGAAGCAGACUGCCAGUCUGGAGUUUCUCCUGGUUGUAUUCAGCCAGGUCUGGCUUUGGGGAAGCAAAGAGAGAGAGAGGGGAGUUGCCUAAUGUCGCAGUAGGGGCGGAGGGGGAGGGAGAGAGAGGAGGAGGGAAAGGAGACUGGCUGGAUCAGGGGUUUGUGGUGCUGUGUGGCCAAAUAGACCUACAGAGGAACAGACAAGGCCCUGGACAAGGCAUGUCCAUCCGACUGAGGCGUCCUGAGGCAGAGACAGGAUUCGUACCGAGCGUCCAAGACUUUGAUAAGAAGUUAGCGGAGGCCGACGCCUACCUGCAGAUCCUCAUUGACCAGCUAAAGCUCUUUGAUGAGAAGCUCAAGGACUGCAAGGAGGAUGAGUCACGCAGAAAAAUUGAAGAUUUGAAGGACACAACGUGUAGUAUGGUAGAGUCCAUUAAGCACUGUAUUGUAUUGCUGCAAAUUGCCAAGGAUCAGAGUAACGAACAGCAACACGCGAACGGACUUAUAAGCACCAUCAACCCAGUGGAUGGGAUCUUCCAGCCUGCUGUGGAAAACUCAGUAGUCAACACCGCCAUGCCAACCCAGACCACACUACCCACAGACGGCUCGCAGGUGUGUAAAGCGGACCAGCGACCCUCCACGCUGUCCGUGGGGCCCGUUGUCACGGUGAUGGGCAGCCUACAGACCCCCACUCCCAACAGCACAGGGAGUGGUCCAUCAGGCCCCAGUAGUGGGGGCGUGUCUCCCGCCCACAUGCCCCUCCCCUCUCACUCGGUACCAGACUUCUCCUACUCCAGCAGCGAGGACGAGUUCUACGAUGCAGACGAGUUCUACCAGAACACCACCUCCCCCAAACACUGCUUAGAUCCCUCCAGGCAUCCUGGUGCGUUGGGACACAACGAUGAUUCUGGGAACCUGAAGCGACCAGACACCAAUGAGUCCCUCAGUUCCUCCAUGUCUAACGGCACCACUGACGCAGAUCAGUUUGACAGCCAUGAUGACCCAGAUGAUGAGGGGGAGGGGGAGUCUGUGGAGGAGCACAAGAGCGUCAUCAUGCACCUGCUGUCACAGGUCCGCCUGGGCAUGGACCUCACCAAGGUGGUCCUCCCCACCUUCAUCCUGGAGAGGAGGUCCUUGUUAGAGAUGUACGCUGACUUCUUUGCACACCCCGAUUUGUUUGUCAGCAUCGCGGAGCAGGAGGACGCCAGGGAACGCAUGGUGCAGGUGGUGAAGUGGUACCUGUCAGCAUUCCACGCAGGCAGGAAGGGCUCCGUGGCCAAGAAGCCCUACAACCCCAUCCUAGGAGAGGUGUUCCUCUGUCACUGGGACCUGCCCUGUGAGGGCAGCGAGCCACAGCCAACGGAGCCAGUAUCAGAAGGCCCAGUUCCCUGGUCCUCAGCCAACAGUGUGUGUUUUGUAGCAGAGCAGGUCUCUCAUCACCCCCCGAUCUCUGCAUUCUACGCAGAGUGUUGUAGUAAGAAGAUCCAGUUCAACGCCCACAUCUGGACCAAGUCCAAGUUCCUGGGGAUGUCCAUCGGAGUCCACAACAUAGGGCAGGGCUGUGUGUCUUGUUUGGAACAUGACGAACACUACAUCCUCACCUUCCCCAAUGGCUAUGGCAGGUCCAUCCUGACUGUGCCCUGGGUGGAGCUAGGAGGAGAAUGCAACAUCUCCUGCUCCAAGACUGGCUACAGCGCCAGCAUCGUGUUCCACACCAAGCCCUUCUACGGAGGCAAGAAGCACAGGAUCACCGCCGAGAUCUUCCCCCCUAACGAUAAGAAGUCGUUCUGCUCCAUCGAGGGAGAGUGGAACGGAGUCAUGUAUGCCAAAUGGGCAUCUGGGGAGAACUCGUUGUUCAUCGACACUAAGAAGAUGGGCCUCAUCAAGAAGAAGGUUCGGAAGCUGGAGGACCAGCUGGUGUACGAGUCUCGCAGCAUGUGGAAGGACGUGACUUUGAACCUGAAGCUGAAGGACAUUGACGCGGCGACGGAAGCCAAGCACAGCCUGGAGGAGAGGCAGAGGGGGGAGGCCCGCGAGAGGAAGGAGAACGAACAGCAGUGGGAGACCAGGUUGUUCCAUGAGGAUGGAGAGUGCUGGGUGUACGACGAUCCCCUUCUGAAGAGAAGAUCCUCCCAGAGGCACUGAGCUCACACACACACGAUCCCCUUCUGAAGAGAAGAUCCUCCCAGAGGCACUGAGCUCACACACACACGAUCCCCUUCUGAAGAGAAGAUCCUCCCAGAGGCACUGAGCUCACACACACACACACACAGACAUACACACACACACGCACCACUGAGUCUUCAUAAGAACUCUUUUGCAAACCACUUCUUAUCCAAGCCUUGGAAUGAAUGACUGAUCCAACAUGUAAACGGCUUUGCAUUUUUGAAGUUAGAAAAAAGAAAAAAAAAAAGUGAAUGAAAUCAAGAGAAACGUUCAACGGUGAAAAAUAACCGUUUGAUACCCCCCUCCCAGCAACCCUCACAUCCACCCCCACCACCUCUCCUCCUGCCCCCUUCAACCUGGACAACUUGUCAACAACUAACAGAGAAGUCGAUCUCUCUGUCUUCCUGCUGUUCCUGCCCCCAGGGCUCCAACACACCCUGCCUGGUCACUCUCACAGCACGAACCCCUCUGGACGUAGGAGAAGGGAGGGAUGUUCAGUUUGAACAAACCUCGACUAACAAACAAUCGUAACAGCGUUCUACAUCUCAGGGAAACUAGAGACUGAGGGAAGGUAAGCUGUUCCUCCCAGGGUUCCACUGCCGUACAGUGGACACGGAAUCACAAGCAGGAGGGGUGGGACCUGGCUUGCCUACAACUAGCUACAACUGUUGUUUAUAUAUAGAUAACAUAUGAUGAUGAACAUAUAUAUAGAUAUAUUCUCCUUUUUUAUUUUCCUUCCUAGCUCCUGUUUCUUUUCUGGCAAUAGCUAUGACAUUUGGGAGAGUGAACUCUAAUCGAUGGCGUCAGGAAUGAUUCAACCUCCCUGUGACGUUCUGGUUCCCCGUCACCCUACUAUAAGUUACCCCGCCAACUUUGUGUGUGUGUAUUGAAGGACCAGAAGAAAAAGGCUGCAUUCCAUGGUUCCAUUCUAGAACGUUCCUUCCUCCCCUUGUGCUCUCUGUGGUUCUCUCUCCUCCUCAUCAGGGAGAGGAAGGAAGCGGAACCGAGUAAAGGGGAGGGAUCCUGGAGUGGAGCGGAUCGGGGGGGGGGGGGGGUCCAGGGUGUAGUGGUGUUUUGUGGAACACCCUCCUCUGCUGUGAACACAACGAGUUUAUUUGUUCUUUCUCACGAUCGUUGGGUCACAAAGCAAAGGAGCGUUAAAGGGGGCUUGAUAAAUAGGAUGCUGCUACAAGAGUCCAGGACGGUCCAUGUGCUGUGUGCUGGUUGGCUUUGCUCCAGUGGUGUCAUUCAGUAGGAAUAACACAGUACGCUGGUCAAACCUACUAUGUCUGCCUUUGGAAACGUUUCUUUCUUGACCUCUCAUUUGCCCGGCAACAUCAUCUAUAUUCUAAAUAAACUGUUUGCGAAGAGUUCCUGAAAUAUAAUUUUUGUUUUCAUUUUGAGUGUAUGAACCAAAAUGAGAUGUAGUAGUGGAUGGAGAAUGUGAAAGAUUGACCUCUAUUAUGUUUGUUGGGGUCAAACUAUGUCAGAUGUAGUAAUUUUCUCCUUUUUCCGGAAAUCCUUUUAUCAGUAAUAUGCAAGAUUAGUAAAAUAGAUAAACAUACAUUGGUUUUGUUUGGGCAGGACCAUGAUGAUGUAAUGGGGGGGGGGGGUUAGAGAACCCCUUUGUACUGAUAAAAUGGCAUAUUCCUGGCGAAUAAAUGCAGACAAUGAUUGCCUCUGAUAAAAAUGACAUGUUCACUAUAAACAGAAUUGUAACAGUUGAAUUCCGCAUUCUAUGUCUGAAGUGAACAUGUGCUGAAAUACGGAGACAUUGCUGAGAUUACAUACACAAAAGCCAUUUAUUUUCCAUUUUAUGUCUUUGUAAAUUAAUAUUGAAUUGAGGCCUUGCCAUACAUUUCAGUAUCACUCAGUAUCGCUUCAUAACAGAGCAAUCAAAACAACAAUGUAUUUUUUAUUUCUUUGAAUCAUAACCAUUGAUUGUAUCAAAUCUCCAUGUUUAUUGAUGCAUAAUAUUAAAUCAUGAGUUUACCACA